ACACCUAAACGUUCCUAGUCAUGUGACAAUGUAACUAACAACUAGCCCUCUAUUUAGACUGAUUAGUAAAUAGUGAAUAAUAAUAGAGAGCACAGGACAGUGGAGUGAAGAUUGUAGCCAGGAAAUCCAUAAUCUGCAGCUCUACCUCUCCACUCCAGUCUCCCUCCUGCUAUACUUCUACUAGGCAAGAAAAUGAAGGAAACUAUAGUUCUAUAUCCAGCUCCUGAGAUAGGCCAUCUUAUGUCCAUGGUGGAGCUAGGCAAACAAAUCCUCCGCCACCACAAUCACAUCUCCCUCGCAGUUCUCCUCGCAACCGGACCUUACGACAACCCCGCCACCACUUCGUACAUCAACCAUGUCUCUCAAACCAACCCUUCCAUCUCUUUCCACCAAUUCCCCCCACUCUCCACACCUCUAGACACAUCUCCCACUCGGAGCCAAGAAGCUAUCUUCUUCGAAUUCCUCCGCCUUAGUGACCCAAACGUCCUCCAGGCGCUGAAAUACAUUUCCCUAACUUCCACUAUCCGAUCUUUCGUCAUUGACCUUUUCUGCACCUCUGCCUUUCAUAUCGGCUCUGAUCUCAAUAUUCCCACUUACUACUUCUUCACUUCUGGUGMUGCCAUCCUUGCAUAUUUCCUCUAUCUCCCCACAAUUCACACUCAGACAACCCMAAGCUUGAAAAACCUCACUACUACUUACCUCCAUUUUCCAGGCCUACCGCCUAUCCUUGGCUCUCAAAUGGUGGAAAUCGUUCUGGAACGCACCGACCCGGCCUAUGAUGACWUUAUGUACUUCACUGCCCAUCUCCCUAAAUCAAAAGGAAUAAUUGUUAACACCUUUGAGUCUCUAGAGACAAUAGCAAUCAAAGUUAUAUCUGAUGGGGUCUGCCUACCUGAUGCUCCAAUCCCGCCUGUUCACUAUGUUGGGCCAUUAAUCGCUGAUGCCAAUGAAAGAAGAGGUGACGUGCCGUGGAUUAAUUGCUUGUCAUGGCUUGAUGCUCAGCCUAGUCGAAGCGUAGUGUUCUUGUGUUUCGGCAGUCGUGGUACCUUCUCUGUGGCACAGUUGAAAGAGAUAGCUCAUGGGUUGGAGAAGAGUGGGCAGAGRUUCUUAUGGGUGGUGAAGCCUCCUCCACCUAUUCAAGGGGACAAGGGAUUGAGAUUCGCAGUACAAAGCGAUCUCGAUUUGGAGGCUCUACUUCCUGAAGGGUUCUUGAAUCGGACCAAAGACAGGGGCCUGGUGGUCAAGUCAUGGGCUCCCCAGCAAGAGAUCUUGAGUCGAGAAUCGGUUGGUGGGUUCGUGACUCACUGUGGCUGGAAUUCGGUGUUGGAAGCCGUAUGUGCAGGGGUGCCAAUGGUGGCUUGGCCGCUCUAUGCGGAGCAGUUUAUGAACAGGACUGUACUGGUAGAGCAGAUGAAGUUGGUGAUGCCUUUGGAUCAAGCUGAGGAUGGUUUUGUGAGUGCAGCCGAGGUUGAAAAACGAGUGAGGGCGUUGAUGGAGUCGGAAGAUGGGAGAGUGCUUAGAGAACGUAGUCAGGAGAUGAAAGAGGCUGCAAAGGCUGCGUGGGCUGAGGGAGGUUCGUCUGUUGCGGCGUUUAAUAAACUCGUCGAGUCAUGGAAGUGACGGAGAGGACGACUCUUUCAUCAGAUCCGUGCACUAUAGGAGACCACCUUGUUCUGUUUUCAUAUUUUCUGAUAUUAACUCAUUGCGUUAGAAGUUAGAACUAGGAUAAGGAUAAAUAGGACGAUGUUAUGGUGAGAAAAAGAGGCGAUGCAACUAAGGAAGAUUGGAGAAAACACUAUUAAUUAAUGGAGCUUACUCGUGGGGUUGGAGACUGUGUGAAAAGSAAAAAAAAGAGUUCACAUCCUCUGCAUCGAGGUUGCAGAAAAAAAUCUGCAACCUCGAAUAACAAUCCACCACGUCACGUGUUGUAACGGAGGGGUGGAAAGGUCAUAGUUAACGGCYUUUUUGGCCUAAAAUAAAUAAUUUAUUAU